AUGUCUGAGCAAAAUCAAACAGCCUUUACAAUUGUCGUCAAGCCAGGAGAAAGCCAGAAGAUCAGCUUCGAAGGCAAAGAACAACUCAGAUUCAUGCUUGUUAAUGCCCACCUUGUUGGAGAAGAUCUUAAACUUACCAAAGAAGAGGUUGUCACAAUCAAGUACUUAGAAUCUCUUGAUGACAAUGAACCAGAACAGAAGUCAACCGAAGUAGCCAAGUUUACAGAGGAGAACAAGGACGUUCAGGACAUCGAAUUCAAUUGCGGUGCAUUGAACGAGGCUACAGUCGAAGUUGCUGGCGAAUUCCCAGUAGAAAUCGAAGGUGUCUUCUACGAAGAUAACGAUGAUGAAGAAGAAGAGGAAGAAGAAGAGGAAGAAGAAAAGAAGGAAGAAGAACCAAAAGAAGAAGAGAAGAAGGAAGAUAAACCAGAAGAAGAAAAGAAAGAGGAAUAA